UUUGAUGGCUUGUCAUUAGCGUGGGCAUGCGCACACCAUUUAAGCGCGGUGAAUAAAUCGUACACCUUAUUUGCUACCCACUAUUUUGAAAUAACUGCCUUACCUGAUGAGAUACGUGGCAUUAACAACAUUCACAUUAACGCGGUUGAGCAUGGCGAUAAAAUCGUCUUUCUUCAUAGCGUUAAACCGGGGCCAGCCAAUCAAAGUUACGGCUUACAAGUUGCGCAA